GCGAGGAGGGGAGCCAGCCGGGGGGAGAACCAGCCCUCUUGCCCGACGGGCUGCCGCCGCCGCCGCCGCUGCCGGGGCGGCUCGGUGGAGGAGGAGGAGGAGGGCGAGGACCGAGGCAAAGCGCGUAGAUUCAGGGCCGCUCACGAGCGGAGCCCGGUCCCCACAUGAUCCAACCCUGCCCAGCCGGUCUGGCUUGACCGGGGUGCCCGGACUGGCGACACGAGGGAGGGCUGGAAGGAAGGUGCCACUGCCCAGCGCUGCAGGGGAGAGAGGGAAGGAGGGAGGGCUGCUGAGUGCCGCCGCCUUCUCUCCCCGGGACGUUGUUGGCAGCGCCCGGCCGGCUUCAGCUCAGAGCGGGGCUGCCACCCCCGCUGCCUUGGCCCAAGCCCGAGACACGCAGGCGCAGGCGCAGUGGGACGCAGCCCCGGGGCCGGCUGAGGCUGCGCAUGGUCCACGGGUGAGGGCGGGGCGCUGACCCCCCCCGGAAGAGCCCUGGAGGGGCAGCCCCGCUGCUGGCCGCACGUGCUACUGUCCCGUUCAAGGGACGUACCAUUUCACUGGGGGGGGGCAGAGUGGCUUUUCCUGUUGGCAAACUGGGGCUCGCCGGGUUGGAGCUACUGCCGUGCCGGGCCUAAAGAGAUUAAGAGGAAGGGCGGAGAAGGACUUCCGGGGGCCCCAGCUCGGCUCUCCUUGCCGCCCCCCGCGUCCAGCCGCACUUGGUCCUUCCCGGGCCGAACCAACCCCCGACAGGGACGGGGAGGAGCGGCUCGAAGGGGCGGGGCUCCGGGCUCGGCUCCCCCCCUCGGCGGCCCCUGCAAAGAUGGCUGCGGCUGGCUCCGGCCUCGCGAGUCGCAGGUAGCGGGCGGGCGGCGAAGGCGGCCAUGCACUUCUCCAUCCCGGAGACGGAGACCCGCGCCUCGGGAGGGGGCAGCUCCGCAGCCUACGUCGCCUACAACAUCCACGUGAAUGGCGUCCUGCACUGCCAGGUGCGAUACAGCCAGCUGCUAGGCCUGCAUGAGCAGCUCCGGAAGGAAUACGGUGCCAACGUGGUCCCAGCCUUCCCCCCCAAGAAGAUCUUCACCCUCACCCCGGCCGAGGUGGAGCAGCGGCGGGAGCAGUUGGAGAAGUACAUGCAGGCGGUGCGCCAGGACCCCUUGCUCGGAGGCAGCGAGAUCUUCAACGGCUUUUUGCGCAGAGCUCAGCAGGAGACCCAGCAGAUCCCCACGGAGGAGGUGCAGCUGGAAGUGCUGCUGUCCAGCGGGCAGAAGGUGAAGGUCAGCAUUCUGACCUCAGACCAGACCGAGGAGGUCCUCGAGGCCGUGGCCUCGAAGCUGGACUUGCCGGAGGACUUGAUUGGCUACUUCCACCUCUUCCUGGUGCUGGAAGCCAAAGACGGAGCCUUUUCCUUCAUCCGGAAACUGCAGGAGUUUGAGCUGCCCUACGUGUCAGUCACCAGCCUCCACAACCCGGAAUACAGGAUCCUCCUGCGCAAGAGCUACUGGGACUCUGCCUAUGACGAGGAUGUCAUGGAGCAGCGCGUUGGGCUGAACCUGUUGUACGCCCAGACAGUAGCGGACCUUGAGCGGGGCUGGAUCCUUGCCAGCAAAGAGCAGCACCGUCAGCUGAAGUCCCUGCAGGAGAAGGUCUCCAAGAAGGAAUUUAUCCGCUUGGCCCAGACCCUCAAGUAUUACGGCUAUCUCAAGUUUGACCCCUGUGUCACCGACUUCCCUGAAAAGGGCUGCCACGUCCUCGUUGGGGCUGGGAACAGCGAGCUCAACUUCCAGGUCAAGCUGCCAAAUGACCAGGUCAAGGAGGGCAGCUUCAAGGUGACCCGCAUGCGCUGCUGGCGAGUCACAUCCUCGGUCCCCUUGCACAAUGGGACAUCCGGCCCGACCACCGGCAAGCCAGAGGUGAAGCUGGAGCUGGCCUUUGAGUACCUGAUGAGCAAGGACCGCCUGCAGUGGGUCACCAUCACCAGCCCACAGGCAAUCAUGCUGAGUAUCUGCCUGCAGUCCAUGGUGGAUGAGCUGAUGGUGAAGAAAGCAGGAGGCAGCAUCCGCAAGAAGUCCCGUGGCCGGCGAGCCAACCUCACACUGCAGCGCUCAGACAGCCAGCAAGCAGUCAAGUCGCCCCCUCUUCUGGAUUCCCCGGACUGCAGCAGCCGGGAUUGCGUGGUGGCAAAGGUCUCGAGCAAGCUAGGCUCCGUCAGCCUGCGGGCCAUCAGCCAUUCCGGCUCUUCUGCCGACAUUGGCACUGACGACUUCCAUGGGAACUACGCCUUCGAGGGCAUUGGCGACGAGGACCUCUAGGCCGGCCUGCUCCUCCUCCUCCUCCUCCUCUUCUCUGUGGAAUGUAUGGGUGGAUCUCGACCACGUGCCCCCCCCCCGGCUGCCUCCUGCUCCUCCUGUGCCCAGCGGGGGAGGCGGCAGGUGCCUGGCCAGCUGCUUCUGCUCCAUGCACACCACCGUAGGGUCGUGGCCAGUGCUGCUUCGAGAGCCAAGGCGGCAGCUCUGGGGCCGGCCAGGCUGCCACGUAGCUGCUAGGCUUGUAGUCUCCUCUCUCUCUCUCUCUCGGUUUACAGAGGAACAUUAACGAAUGUUUGUGGCAAUGAUUAAAGAGCUCAUCAUUGGGAA